AUGGAAGUACUGCGACCAAGCUUCUGGUGGGAUGAAGGUCGACGAAGGAGGCAGCAACUCGCCAUCGAUUACUGGGAUUUGCGGUCUGAUUUAGGUCCGGACGUUUGCAGACACUUGGGAGUCGCGGAAGCCAGCUACAGAUGGGGGCAUGAAGUCUUGCAGCAACUCGGUUUGAAGUUGUCUGGCGAUCCAUCAUUGGACGUUUUAGUUCCCGGCUUCGAAUUUCUUCCAGUGGAAACACAAGCAGAGCCUGAUCCAUUUGCCCUCCAGUUGGUCGGUGUCCAGAAUUCUCCUGUUUUGGUCGUGUCGGCCGGCAAAGACUACGAGAAAGGAUCGAGCUUCUUCUUGUCGCACGGUGGUCUCCUUGCCUCAUCUGGGGCGCAGCUGGCAGGAAGCGGGAUGUUAUUGGAUCAAGUGGCCGUUAAUCCGCAGACGUUCCCGUGGGAAGGCGCCAUUCUGUGCAUAAAUUUGCGUGUGGACUCCAUGCAAGAAGAUUCGGACGAGAAGGUGCUGUUCUUCUACCAGCUGCAAGAAUCCCUGCGACGUGUGCUUCGGGAUUCAAUGCCAGUGUGGGACAUGCCAGGUUUGUGCUUGGCUCAGAAUCCUUUGGAGGAGCAGCCGGCCGUUGAGUGUGGACUAGAUGGAGAGCUGCUACUUCGUGUCUGCCUUUGCAACAAGCAACCCAACCAGCCCUUGCCAUCUCGGUGUCUGCAAGUGCUUGGGAUGGCUGCUUUGGCAGAUUCCAGUAAACAGCGAGACAUCCUCAUGCAUGAAUGCGCCUUGGAGGGUGUUUGGGAGGAUGCUGCCUGCGAAUCUCGCGGUCUGCGGUUCCUUCUAGAUGAGAUCCAUGCGGCUUUGUUGCAGUAUCCGGCGGAGGAGGUCCUGAGGAGCAGAGACUAUGAAGGAAGGCCGCGGACAGACGCUCUUUGCUUCGAGGUGCUUCGGCGUGAACGGCAGGUUCUGGAGCGUGCGGCAGAGGCAGGUCGGGCGCGCUUGGAGCAUUUGGAUGAGCGUGCAGCAAGCAAUUCGAGACCGACGAGCUCAUCGCCUCGAGAGCUAGAAAGCUCUUCCAAGCAACUGCGCGACCUUGCCACCCACUGCCUGGCGAAUGCUUUAGACAGGACUGCUCAGAAAUUCGAGGGGCUUGACUGCAAUGGACCCUCCGAGACGGGACAGGUCCUGACGCAGCAGCUUGAAGUCCAGUUGGCCAUGCUGUCCAAAUGGGGUUUCGCCCGCUCCAAGACGCAUGUCCAUCCGCAAGAAGUCUGCGUGCAGGGGCGAGCCGAGGAUGCUGGCUUAAGGGCGGAGCUGGCUAAAAAGCAGUGGCAGCUUCGAUGCUUGCGCGAAGCGUGCACUUCGACGGGCAUGGCGGGAUGCUUGUUUGAGCUGGGGUCUUUACACGUACAGCUACGUGAGUUCGAAGCAGCUCUGGCCGACCUAUCGGAGGCAGUGGAACGGGAUCCUGACUUCCCAGAGGCCAAGGCCUUGCUCGAAGCCUGCGCAGAGGUUGUGUCUUCAGAGCUGCAGUCCGAGCAGUAUUCCUUCAACUGGGCCGAUGGAGAGGAUGUGCCCAAUGUGCCCCCAGAUUCGACGGGAGAAGAAGCAGCCGCAGCUUCCACGGAUUCCACGGCGCGAUCGAGUCGGCGGGCAGCUGGUUCUCCUCGCCACGGCCGCGUUCCGGUGCGGAGGGUCGUCCUGGACCGCAGAAGCGACAAAAAGCCUCUGGGGAUGAAGGUGCGACCCUUUUUGAGCGGCUUUGAGGUACAAGAGGUGCUGCAGAAUGGGCUUGUCGCCGACUGGAAUUCCGCCGUACCGACUGAAGCGUCCAUAUGCCCUGGCGAUAAAGUGGUGCAGGUCAACGACCUCAAAGCUGAAGGUCACAUGCUGUUGGCAGAGUGCAGCAAGAAGCAAGUGCUGUACUUGGUUCUGGCACCUCGGGAAGAUCCUGACAUCGCCGAUAGCCCGCCAAAGGCUGAACCAAGAAGCGAGCACCCGGAGACGGCAACUUGGAGCGACGUUGCGCUUCAGCGGCUUUUGGGCUUUACCCCGCCCUGCUUGUGCGACUGGUUGUGGCAUGCAACGGCGCCGCUGACAGCUCAUGCAAGGGCCGUAGAGAAGAUGGCGGUCAUCCAUUUUCAGGGAUGUACCUGGACGAAUGAAGUCAAUCAGGUUCUGGCGAAGAACCUAGGCUGCCAGCGGUUCAACUUCAAGGCAACCGUGGCUGACACUCUGAAGGGGCUUGAUGCUGUCAUUCUGCCCUUGGUUACAGCUCAAUCCCAGGAAGACCAGAAGAGCUUAACAGCCCUGCCUCUUCAAAUCCUCCAGUUUCUAAGUGUGGUCGGGUCCGCGCCUAUUCCACUUCGAAUCGUCGCCCUGACUUGUGGGGCGCAUGGCCCAGACUGCGCUGGAGCAAGGGACGAUGGCUUCGGCAUGCCAGCUGCCGCAUGCUUACGGGGCAUGUUCCGAUGCUUUCGCAUUGAGCACCCCGGGACCCCAAUCCUCCACAUUGACACGGAUGCCCUCGGCAUACCCGGCAAGGCGCAGGAGCUGCAGACUCAGGUUGAGACGGAGUUAAAUCUGGCAGGUACUGACAGUCAAGCCUUAGUCUACACGGGCCGGGAGGUGGCCUACCGCAAGGGUCGCCGUUUCCUGCCCAAGUUGGAUAUUUGUGGGCAGCGUCCUCCGGUUGGGAAGAGGUUCGUGUCCAGCGAGGGCGUGGCGCUUAUCACAGGAGGCACGGGUGGGCUGGGCAUCACCACUGCAGAAGCCAUGGUUGAGGCUGGAGUCCGCUGUGUUGUGCUUUCCUCUCGCUCCGGUGUUAUCUCGUCUACAGCCCCUGGAAACUUGGUGCAGCGCGUGGAGAAGCUGCGUGAAUCAGCGGCCAUCAUCUUGGAGGCAUGUGAUGCGUCAGAUGAGAUGCAAGUUAUUUCCAUGCUGAAUCGACUGCGGGAGCACCAUGGCUCCCUGCGAUGGGUUGUGAAUGCGGCUGGCAUAGUUCUCCCCAACAAUCCUGACCAGCUGGAAGCAGUCUUCAUCCCGAAGUGUAUAGGCGCCUGGAACAUGCAUAAGCACACGCAUCAGGACGACCUUGAGGCCAUGUGGUUCUUCUCCUCCCUUUCUGGUGGUGUUGGCUCCGAGGGCAUGCACAACUACGCGGCGGCCAAUGCCUACCUCGACGAGUUGUCGCGGCUGCGGCGCUCCCAGGGUUUGCCGGGUGUCAGCCUGCAGUUUCCGGAGGUGGAAGAGGCUGGCAUGGCGGCGGCCUUCGGUGCCCGAAGUAGCGGGGCGACCGUCAGCCUUGCCGUCGUGAGGAGGGCCAUCAAACAGCUGAUGCUGGGUGAGGGCAACCCGGCUGCCGUUGUGGCUUUGCUUCCUGUGGGCUAUUUGAUCCCGCGGUCUGUCUUCCACAUGACGGCGCUGGAACCAUUGAAGGCCCGAGUGGAUCAGGAUCUUUGGACAAAUCUGGAGAGACUGGAAGUCGAGAAGAAGGAGGAGGUGAAAGGGAUGCGCAAGGAGAUUUCAGAAAGAAGGCAAGCGGCACGUGCACAGCGUGCACAGGCUUCCCUGCAAGGCUUCUGA